UGGGGUUUGUCUAAUAACUUUGAUGGUUCAAGAAUUUUCAUUAACGACAACUUUGAUGACAUGCUAUUGUUUAGGCAAAAGUUUCUUGCAAAACUUGCUGCUUCAACUGAGUCGAGUAGCCAUGCUGGGUCAUAUAUCAUGUGUUCUGUCGAAGAUGAAUUUUUAAAGAACGAUGUUUUUUCACCAAUUGCUUAUCUUGGAUCAAUCCUAGAGCCAAAGAAAGUUGUUGUUGUUGGGACUAUCGUUGCAAUUGUUUCAGAUAAGAUGUGGUAUUAUGAUGGGUGCAACUAUUGCAAGUCCAAAGUUGAGCAAAAGUUUGAAACAUAUGAUAAGGAUGAUGGAACAAGUGAUGUUAAAGAUGAGAAGUUGUAUCAAUGUUCUAACAAGGAUUGUAAUGGUAAAGAAGUUUUCCCGUUGUCCAGGUUCAAAAUACCGGUUCGUGUUCAAGAUUCAACUGGUACGGUGACACUUACAUUGUUUGAUCAUGAGGCGAUGAAGUUUGUUGGUAAAACUGCAAAGGAACUUAUAGAAAUUCAGGACGAGGUUAUUUAUAUUUAUACUUUAUUAAAAAUCAGUUGUAAUUAAAAUUUUAUAUAUUUUACAUAACCACACCGUAUAUUAUGUAAUAUAUAGUUAUUGAGGUCGAAUGAGAA